UGUAGAUUAUAGAUCGCUAUAAUUAAGUAUUACAAUAAAUUCAUUUCCAAAUUUAUCAGCAGCUCCAUUUUUGGAGCUUUAUAUAAAAAUAAAUAAAGGGCUUUCUGGUUUCUUACUAAAUCAUCAGAAGUAAUAUUAAUGGCGGCACUGCAACGGCGGUUCUUCAUUUUUGCACUGCUUGUGGGUGGUUUAUUUGGCGGCGGUGUCUCGUAUACCAGACCACCGCCGCGUAAAGAUAUUUUUGUGCGACAGUUAGUAGAAGAUGACACUACGCCACAACAGGUGCAUAUAUCAAUGGUUGGUGAAAAUAAAAUGAGAAUAACAUGGAUAACUAUGGGUGAAGCUCCAAACACAGUAGACUAUGGUUCAUCUUCUGGAGCAUACAAAAGUUCGGUAAAAGGGGUCACAUCUACCUAUAAUUAUCUCACCUAUAAAUCUGGCUAUAUUCAUGAAGCAGUCAUCGGUCCCCUCGCCCCUAACACGGUUUACCACUACCGUUGUAGCUCGAAUUCAGCUCGUGACUUCGCUUUCAAAACUCCGCCUGCUCAAUUCCCGAUCAAAUUCGCCGUCUCAGGUGAUCUUGGACAGACAGGUUGGACCAGCUCAACCCUAGAACACAUAUCAAAGUCAGAAUAUGAUAUGCUACUUCUACCUGGAGACUUAUCAUAUGCUGAUUUCCUCCAACAUUUGUGGGACUCGUUCGGUCGAUUGGUCGAGCCAUUGGCUAGCCAGCGACCGUGGAUGGUCACACAAGGCAAUCACGAGGUCGAAAAAAUUCCGCUACUACACUCAACACCCUUCACAGCCUAUAAUUCGAGGUGGCAUAUGCCAUUUGAAGAAAGUGGUUCAAAUUCUAAUCUCUACUAUUCCUUCAAUGUUGCUGGUGUUCAUGUGAUUAUGUUGGGAUCAUACACCGAGUUUGAUCCAUUGUCAGCUCAGUAUAAAUGGUUACAAGCAGAUUUAGGCAUGGUUGAUAGGUCAAAAACUCCUUGGAUUGUGGUACUACUUCAUGCACCAUGGUAUAAUUCUAAUACUGCUCAUCAAGGCGAGGCGGAGUCGAUUUAUAUGAAAAAAUAUAUGGAAGGUUUGCUUUAUCGGGCUCGUGUUGAUGUCGUUUUUACAGGUCAUGUGCACGCCUACGAACGAUUUACUCGUGUAUACCAAGACAAAGCAGACAAUUGUGGUCCGAUUCAUAUAACUAUCGGGGAUGGUGGCAAUCGUGAAGGUCUCGCUGGAGAGUAUAUAGAUCCAAAACCAGAAAUUUCACUAUUCAGAGAGGCAAGUUUUGGGCAUGGACAAUUAGAAGUAGUGAAUGCAAGUCAUGCACAAUGGAUAUGGCAUAGAAAUGAAGAUGAUGUACAAGUUCCAAGUGACUCAAUCUGGCUAACAAGCCUGUCUUCCAAUCCUGCUUGUAAAAUCUGAAAAUAGCUAGAAACUGAAUAUUACACAUGAAAUAUUGUUUUCCUCAUUUCUAGGAAAGUAGAAUAAAAAAAUUACAAAUUCGAUCAAGUAAAACAUAUUAAAAAAAUAGUAUGGUCUGAAAUUCUAAACGAAUUUUUAUAAUUUUGAGUGAAGUUUUAUAA